UGGUCGCUAGUAGCGGCGCGCGGUUCCUCAAUUUAAUAAAACUUGUUCAAAAGUGGCUUAAAAGUGGUACUUUUUCAAGAUGUCUAGCGAUGAUAAUAGCAGUGAUUCUGAGGUAGAUGUGAAACCAUCGACCUCGAAGGCAAAAGUAGCACAAAACGGGAGCGAACCGAAACCGAAGCGUAAACGGCUGCAGGAUUACCUGGACGAAAGGGUAGCCCGUGAAGCGGCGGAACGUGCCGAAGAGGCCCUUCAACGGCGCCGAGAGCGUGGUUUGGCCGACGAUGAGGAGGAUCCGGAAGAGGCUAGCUAUCCGGUAAUCAACCCGAUAAACUUUUUGAAAAAUAAGGAACUACGUCACAAGCAGUUCCGGCGUAUGCAGGCACUGAAGCGUAAGGAGGAAAAAGCUAAUAAGAAAACGCGUAAACUGGAAGGCACUCCGACGGAGCCACAGCAUACGAUCGAAACCUUGCGCGAGAAGGAUGACACGACGGUCACGAAUGUGCAGGCCGAUGAUCAAGAGGAAGUCGUGAACGAUCUGGCUAACGACGAAUUUUGCGGGUACUACCAGAAAAGCUACGUGCCGAAGGUUUUGAUUACCUACAAUCGUAUCCCGAAUUGGCAAACGAGUCAGUUUGGAGUCUUGCUAAAGAAAAUAAUACCCAAUUCAAAAAUAUAUUCGCGAAAGAAUGCUCGCCUUAAGCUGGUAUGUAAGAGCGCGAUCCGUGAAGAGUACACCGACCUUUUGGUCAUCAAUGAGUGGAGAAAAAAGCCAGAAGGGUUACUCGUGAUUCACCUUCCUGAGGGACCAACGGCACACUUCAAAAUAAGCAAUUACAAAUCGCUGAAAGAUCUGCGACGCAGCGCUGAAGAUAUAUCUAAGCACCGUCCGGAGGUUAUUCUGAACAACUUCACCACUCGUCUCGGUCUUACGAUUGGGCGAAUGCUGGGUGCGCUGUUUCACUACGAACCAGAGUUCCGAGGCCGACGUGCAGUUACGUUCCACAACCAACGUGACUACAUUUUCUUCCGACACCAUCUGUACGAGUUCGAUAAGAAUGGCAAACGAGUGAAGCUACGUGAGCUGGGUCCCCGUUUUACGCUUAAACUGCGUUCACUGCAGGUCGGACUGUUCGAUGGUAAAUGCGGCGACUACGAAUGGAUGAUCACCAACAAACGGCACCAGAUGGAGAGUCGAAGAAGGUUCUUCCUAUAGACAUACAUGCAGCGAUAUCAAUAGUUUACAGCAUGUUCGUGGAAAGAGAAAUAUGUAUUUCAAUUUUGUUAGCUCUAACAAAACAUUCAAAUAAAUCUAUUGUUUUGCCAACUUUUUCCAAAUCAGA